UUUCUCUGCCGUCAACCUCGGGUAGGAAAGGCUUGGAGAAAGGUCCCCUCACCUUUGCACUCUGUCUCACUUGACUGUGAGGUGACACCCCAGGCACAGCUGGGCUGCCUCAGCCUGUGAGGGGGCUUUCUCCAGAGACUGGGUCCAGUUGGGUGACUUUGAGCAGAAAGCAGAGUCAGAAGGACACAGUAAAUGGACCAGAGUGAAGAUCUGGGAGACUCCUCAGCUCCUCCUCAGGCAGCACCUGCUCCCACUGCACAGACCCAGAGGCUACCCCAGGGUGUGGUGAGAGCAGGCCCAGGGCUUCCAGAAACCCUCUCUGCUGACGUCCAGUGCCUGCCUGUAGUGCCCUAAAUGAGAAUGGUAGGUGAGAACUCCUCUGUGGCAGAGUUUAUCCUCGCAGGCUUAACGGACCAGCCGGGACUCCAGCUGCCCCUCUUCUUCCUGUUUCUGGGCUUCUACGUGGUCACUGUGGUGGGGAACCUGGGCUUGAUAACACUGAUUGGGCUGAACUCUCACCUGCACACCCCCAUGUACUUUUUCCUCUAUAAUUUGUCCUUCAUAGAUUUCUGCUAUUCCACUGUUAUCACCCCCAAGAUGCUGAUGGGUUUUGUCUCUAAGAAGAUCAUCUCCUACACAGGGUGCAUGACUCAGCUCUUCUUCUUCCUUUUUUUUGUUGUGUCCGAGUCCUUCAUCCUGUCAGCAAUGGCAUAUGACCGCUAUGUGGCCAUCUGUCACCCACUGGUGUACACAGCCACCAUGUCUCCCCUCGUCUGCUUGUGUCUCCUCUUGGGUGUCUACGGAAUGGGGUUCGUAGGAGCCAUGGUCCACACAGUGUGCAUGGCCAGACUGACCUUCUGUGCCGAUCACCUGGUUGACCACUACAUGUGUGACAUCCUGCCCCUUCUUGAGCUCUCUUGUACCAGCACACAGGUGAAUGUGCUGGUGGUUUUCGUGGUUGUUGGCAUCGAUAUCGGUGUGCCAGUGGUUACCAUCUUCAUUUCUUAUGCCCUGAUUCUCUCCAGCAUUCUCCACAUUCGUUCCACUGAGGGCAGGUUCAAAGCCUUCAGCACCUGUGGCUCCCACAUAAUUGCAGUUUCUCUUUUCUUUGGAUCAGGGGCAUUCAUGUACCUCAAGCCGUCUUCUCUUCUACCCAUGAGCCAGGAGAAAGUGUCCUCCUUGUUCUACACCACUGUGGUGCCCAUGCUGAACCCGUUAAUCUACAGCCUGAGGAACAGGGAUGUCCAAGCUGCUCUGAAGAGAACCUGGAGCAGAAUGUCAUUCUCUCAAGAAAGGGGAAAUACUUAGGGAAGGGACAUUCUUCCUUCCAUAGGUGAUGCGAGUUCCAGUGGUUACAUGGAGGAAAUGUUCACUCUUUCUCAAACAAGUUUAUCCUUCCCAUUUUAAGCAUCUCUUAAUUUAAAAAAAAAAAAAAUUAUUUAUUUUUAGAGAUAGGGGAAGGGAUG